GUCAUCAGGACUGCGUUGCACAACAUGGACAGGGAAGCCAGAGAGCACUAUUCCGUUGUCAUUCAAGCCAAAGAUAUGGCUGGGCAGGUCGGAGGGCUGUCAGGAUCAACAACUGUGAAUAUCACACUCACUGAUGUCAACGACAACCCACCCAGGUUUCCUCAGAAACAUUACCAGCUGUAUGUACCUGAAUCAGCUCAAGUUGGAUCGGCAGUAGGUAAAAUCAAGGCAAAUGAUGCAGACACUGGCUCAAAUGCAGACAUGAAGUACACAAUCAUAAACGGUGAUGGCUCUGGUGUGUUCUCCAUAUCCACUGACAAAGAAACACGGGAAGGAAUUCUUUCCCUUAAAAAGCCACUCAACUAUGAAAAAAAGAAAUCCUAUACACUUAAUAUAGAAGGAGCAAACACUCAUCUUGAUUUCCGCUUUUCACAUUUGGGACCAUUUAAAGAUGUAACAAUGCUGAAGAUCAUUGUUGGCGAUGUGGAUGAACCUCCGCUCUUCACUAUGCCUUCUUAUGUCAUGGAAGUUCAUGAAAAUGCAAAGAUUGGGACUGCUGUUGGCACCGUAACAGCACAAGAUCCUGACACAGCCAACAGUUUAGUGAGAUAUUUCGUUGAUCAUAACACAGAAGAAGAUAGGUAUUUCACCAUUGAUGCUAGCACUGGGACCAUCAAGACUGCCAAGAUCUUUGACAGAGAGGAAACACCUUGGUACAACAUCACAGUGGCUGCUUCUGAAAUAGACAACCCUGGGCUAGUGAGCCAUGUUCCAGUUGGCAUUAGAAUCCUGGAUGUCAAUGACAACCCUCCAGAGCUCGCCAGAGAGUAUGAGAUAGUGGUCUGUGAGAAUGCAAAGCCUGGUCAGGUAAUUCAGACUAUUAGUGCAACCGACAAGGAUAACUCGGCAAAUGGUGCAAGAUUCCAUUUUUCUCUUGAUGAAGGGCUUUCUAUGAAUCCCAACUUUAGUCUAAGGAACAAUGAAGAUAACACAGCCAGUAUCCUGACAAGACGAAGGAGAUACAGUCGAACCACUCAAGAUGUCUAUUACCUCCCAGUUUUGAUUUCUGAUGGUGGGACACCCCCUCUGAGCAGCAGCAGCACUCUCACCAUUAGGGUCUGUGCCUGUGAGAGGGAUGGGCGCGUGAGGACUUGCCAUGCUGAAGCUUUCCUCUCCUCUGCUGGCCUGAGCACAGGAGCUCUAAUUGCAAUCCUGCUCUGUGUUGUCAUUCUUCUGGUUUUCUCUUUAGCAAUUGUGGUCCUUUUCAUCACCCUAAGACGUAGCAAGAAGGAGCCCUUGAUCAUUUCAGAAGAAGACGUCCGGGAAAACGUCGUCACAUACGAUGAUGAGGGUGGUGGAGAAGAAGACACUGAAGCAUUUGACAUCACAGCACUGCGAAACCCAUCAGCUGCUGAGGAGCUAAAAUAUCGCAGGGAUAUUCGUCCUGAAGUGAAGCACGUACCCAGGCAUCACCCCUCUUCAAGCCUUGACAGUAUAGAUGUUCAGGAGUUCAUUAAACAAAGACUGGCAGAGGCAGAUAUGGACCCCAGCGUGCCUCCAUAUGACUCCCUACAGACUUACGCCUAUGAGGGUCAUAGAUCAGAAGCUGGCUCAAUCAGCUCCCUGGAUUCAGCCACAACACACUCUGACCAGGAUUAUAAUUACCUUGGAGACUGGGGGCCUGAAUUUAAGAAGCUAGCUGAACUCUACGGGGAAAUAGAAUCAGAAAGAACAACUUAGUUGUAAUUCCAAGAACGGAGAAGUUCCUCAGCAGCUGGAGAUACAAGAACAGCACCAGUAACAAUAAAUGAAUUCAGUACUUGGAACUGAGCAAGUUGUACACAGUUACUGUAGAAACAAGUGCCCUUUUCAUAUUUGAAACUGGGUUCUUCAAUUGGAAGAAAGUCAAAUUUUGAAAAAUACAGAAAAAAUAAGCUAUUGUCCCUUGUGUAUAUUUUUUAAUUGCUCAAUAAAGUC